AUGGCACACGGCAGUUUCACUGGGCCCUACAUGCCCUCCACCUCUGCGGACUCCGUCUGCUCCAGUGAUGUGAGCCACAGCAGCAACAUCUGCUUGCCCAGCUCAUGCCCGGGGGGCUCCUCCUGGCAACUGGACGACUGCCCAGAGAGCUGUUGUGAGCCCUGCGGAGGCUGUGGCCCCUCCUGCUGCCCAGCCUCUUGCUGCCCACCUGCAUCCUGCCUCACCCUCGUGUGCCGGCCGGUCUGCUGCAUGCCCGCCUCCUGCCAGCCCUGCCCAGCUGUCUGCACUCCCUCCUGCUGCCAGUCCACUGGCUGUGGGGCUUCCUGCUGCCAAACCUGUCCCUGUGCCCCCAUACAGUCCUGCUGCUGUGUGCCCAUGUGCUGCAAGCCCAGCUGCUGCAUCUCCCUGCCUGUGUGCUGCAAACCCAGCUGCUGUCCUCCCUGCUGUGUGUCCCUCACCUGCCAGCCAGCAUGCAACCCAGCCACCUGCUGUGUGCCUCUCUCCUGCAAACCCACCUGCUGCACCACCUCUUCCUCCUCCUGCUGCUGUGGCCCCUCUUGCUGUCAGCCAGUGUGCAAACUAGCCACCUGCUCUGUGCCUCUCUCCUGCAAACCCACCUGCUGCACCACCUCCUCCACCUCCUGCUGCUGUGGCCCCUCCUGCUGCUGUGCCCCCUCCUGCUGCCGCCCCACCUCCUCUGUGUCCCUUAUCUGCCGGCCCACCUGCUGCAGACCCUCCUGCUGCUCCACCUCCUGUGGCCAGAAAUCCUGCUGUUGA